AUGGGCAAGCAUAGGUCUUCUCUGAAGGCUUGGUGCCGCAGUCUCAUCCCGAUCGUGCUCUUCGCUCUUACGGUCAAUAUCUGUCAGGCUCGAGGCAGAGACUACAAGAAGCGAGAGGGUCUCACUGGAUCACUUGCUUCAGUCGCUCCGACCGACGGAACCAGCCUUUAUCUCUCUACCUCCGAACUCCGCCAAGGUCGUGUUGUUACUCGUAUCGUCACCACCUCCAUUCUCAUCACAAUUCCAUGUGGUGCUCCAGAGGAGUCCUCUUCUCUUGCUUCCGACCUGAUCACUACCCAGUCUUCUACCCACUCCCUCGACGCGACCAGAGGCCUGGGAAGUAGCCCGAUUCAGCCCUCGACCUCUUCCAUCGUCAACCCUGGGGUCUCCUCCAGCGUUACAAACCGAAACAAUACAAUCGGUAGUCCUGCAAAUUCUGCGUCAAUCCCUGGUUCCUCUAUCCAGAGGAGUCAAUCCAGUGACUUGGAAUCGACAUCCACCAACAAUGCAAAUGGUGGUUUUUCCACCUCCUCUACCAAUCCAUCAUCAGCUUCACAGGAGAGCCAGCGUGGUAGCACAAGUUUUGCUAUCCCUAACUCUUUCCUGCAGACAUCUUUGUCCGAAGGUGGUACAGCCCAGACCUCGCGUCGCACCACGGCCCCUGAUGAGACCACGACGUCAACCGCCAGUUCCCAACCAGUUCAAUUGUCCAGCAGCAUCUCUCAUGCCGCGAUCUCUGAUGAAACUUCAACUUCAGAUGUGACCAAAGGCACAUCCGUUAUUGAAGUGCCUCAGACAUCUGCCUCUGGCACUGAUCGUAAUGUCGAGACUUCACCCAUGCCGGCUUCCGCUUCCAGUGUCGCUAGCGCUCGUGCAACGACCACUCCUAUAUCGAUGACAGAGAUUGGCCAGCAGCCCACCAAGCCUCCUGUCGUGUCUACCAACGACGAUCAGAAGUCAACCAAGAAGGGCGAUGAUGAUGAUGGCAAAUCCACCAAAGCGUACCCAGGCAGCACUCAAGAGGACACUGCUUCCUCGACACAGCAUGUAUCUUCUACUGAACACUCUGCUACUCCAACCUCGACUUCUGCGCCUGGUAGCAGUGGCACAAACAGCCCUAGCUCCACGACUACUUCCUCUACGUCUCCAGAGAAUGGAGAUUUCACAUCGUACUACAUGACUGCCACGAUUCAGCCUCCCGAGGGCGUCGAUCCCCGGACGUGGAUCACUUGGCAGUCCACCGAGGUCACAAAGACAUCGACUCGCGAUGGUCAGGCCUGGCCGACCAUCUUCCCCGCGUGGUCUUGCAUCGGAGGACAGCUUCUUUGCCAUCCGAGGUGUCUCAUCCCUAUCAUCCUCUGCGACCUCCCCGCCCUCAAGCUUCCGGGACCCGUUGGAUUUCCAUGGGCCAAGCCUCCCCCCAGAAAGCCCAAGGGAAAGCCUCGCAAAGUCAGGAAGGACGACCCUACCGAUCCCGAAGACCCCGAGGACGACGAAUCGGAGCCCUCUGAGACGGCUACUUCCUCGUCUGAAGCGUCCUGCACAGCAACCACCACCUUUUUUCCCGACUGCAAGCAGGGAUGUACCGCCAGUCCUAUCGUGGGUUCCGACUCAUCCACGAGCUUCACCACAAGCUGCAACACGGCAACCUGCAAGCCUUCUAUUGUCUGCAGCAACACCGUUGACACUACAACGACAACAACUAUUACGACAGUGUCUGCUACCCCUACAGAGAGUUAUUGUGGCGACGUCGGCUCGAGCUGCCUUAGCUGUAACAACAAGAGAUCAGACCUCUCAGGCCGUUCCCUUUACGAAAAAUGGGAACCCAAACCAGACCCUGAUAUUCUAAGCGGACCUCAAGGACUCACUGCCGCUGAGAAUUGGCCUGGCGGACCACAAGAAUGGUGGCAACGCGUUUGGAACUACGUGUGGCACUACUGCGAUGGCCUGGAUGGUCCGAGAGACCUAGGUGUCAUAACUGGUGAUAAACUGAGAGAGAGUGUGGGCUACUCCACCAUGCAUGCCGAUGUCUGGGGAGAUGAGCCGUUGAUGGGAGCUACCGGUCCGUUCUGGGGCUGCAGCGGAAUCUUGAUUAUUACCAAGAGAGGCAUCUACACAAGUCACGUCUGGGAAGUUCCCAACUUUUAUCCAGGUGGCUACGGAGACUACGACAUUGACAAGGAGUUCCAAGAGGGUGUACUAGACUUCCUAGAGACUGGCUCGGGUAAUCGACCUGGCGAGGGAGAAUUCGUCAAGGGCGAUCCUACCGAUGGUACCAAAGGUAGUAAGCAGAUACCCUACCCGGGAAUCAAGCAGCUCAAAGAAACGACCCCAAUCUUCGACAACAUCCCCGAGGACACUCUCCAAGUCCUUUUCAUUUUCCCCGUCAGCGGCGGAAUGUUCAGCAACCCAAUACCCCCGAACUACGGCGAUUUCCCCCCCAGACAUCCCAAAAGGCUCCAGGAAUGGAAAGACUGGGUCGUGAACCGCCUCGGCUUUCCCGCAGACAAGAUCAAAAACGUGGGCUACAUGAAAGGUCCUAACCAUUGGCCGAACGUCAUCGACCCGAAGAAGCCGAUGGUGGGCUACGUUCCGCCCUUUGGCCUCUUCUACUGGCAGUAUCAUCCAGCCCACGUCGUCGAAGUACUUCCCGAUGGCACGCAGGUCCGCAAGCCUACUAUCCGAGUCUGGUACGAGAAAUGGCUCGUCUUCGAAGGCUCCUGGUGUCCCGCGGGCACCGUUGUGACCCGCGACGAGAACGGAAGCGAAUCAUGCCCAAUGCCCGCCGCUCCGGCAAAGUCGUCCGCUGCGGCUUCGGGUGGCGCAGGCUCUGCUUCUGCUUCUGCUUCCGCUCCUGCUUCCGCUUCUGCCUCGGCCGGCUCCCCUGGUGGUCAGUCCUCCGGUCUCGCCUCUACUUCUAGUUCCCUUAUCGGCAGCUCCUCUUCCUCCAAGAGCAAGGCUGUCGUCUGGGUCACUGCCACUGCCGAAGUGACCGUAACCGACGAUGUUGAUGUCACCAAGACUGUGAUGCCUGGAACCGCUGUGCCGAGCGGCUCACUCGCCUCCACGGCCGACAUCUGGCGUAUCGCCAGCAUCACCCAGGACAUUGCCUUUACCGACGGCAAUUCGAAUCACACAGCAACAGUCAGCAUCAUCCAGGUUGAUGGAGACAAGAAGACCAAUGUCGUCACGGCUAGAGCCAGCGAUGGCGGAGGCCCUGUCAAGCUGCCCAGUGAGCUUGUUGUCACUGACAACUCGGGUGGCGCAUUGACAAUCUACUUCAAGGAAGGUGACAAACCCUUCGACCUCAAGUCGCAGAUUGGUGGUGUGGACCAGCAAUGGUCAUCGAACCUAUUCAGUAACAAGACCCCUGGAGGUCCUUGGUGCGAGAUCAAGAAGAACACCCCAGGCGAGGGCGUAUUGAAGCGUUCCUUGGAUUGUCAUUACCGUGCUUGGGGCCAGUAA